GCUGCUUGUCUUUUUGGCUCAGUCAGCACUCUCAUUAGCUCAAAUCCACCUCGCUCAAUUCUAAAAUCCGCUAUAAAAAUGUACAAGAAACCCUCGACCGCGCGGCAAAUUCAGCACGUUUACGAGAAGCUCUUGGACGCUAAGCUGCGCGAUAAGGCACCCGCCUGGCUGAAGGCAAUGCAGAAUACGCCAGCAUCGGCGAGCCUGGUGCGCGAUCCGUCGUAUUUUUCGACCAAGGGUCAGCUGCCAUUUGAGAAGACCAAGGCGGCGGCGGCUGGAUCGGAGGCGAUCGGACAGGUGUCGCGGGCGCUGCCAGUUGGCUGUGUGGCGAUCAACCACCGGAAGCGCAAUCUGAAGACGCGCAGCCCGAAGCCGCCCAAGAUCGAGUUCCCGGAGGACUCGCUGCGUCGCGAGUUUUACAAGCGGCAUCCGUUUGAGCUGCUGCGCCCGCGCAUCGUCAUGGAGCCAAAUGGCAGAACGGAGACCAACUGGAGCCGGCUGAGCAGCGGCUCGAGCCAGGUCACUGGCGAGCAGGUUAUCCGGUACCAGCACUACCUGAUGGAGGCCGAGGGCCUGAGCAAGCAGGAGGCGUACUCCAAGGCCACAGACGAGUUCUACAAGGUGCGGGCGCGCGAGGAGAUGGAGGCCAAGAUUGCGGCGCAGGAGGCCAAGGCGUACGGAGCGCGUCCACUGGACAAGCCGUACAGCACGCACCAGCUGGCCAUGGAGGACCGCGAGAUCCGCAAGAGCACGCAGAUUAUCCAGCAGCGCCAAGAGGAGCAGCGCAUGCGCAGCGUGACGACAGAGAAGAUGUUUGCGGGCGAGUCGGCCUGAAAAGGCUCCCCUUUCUUAAACAAUAAACGUACACCAAUGUGUAUUGGCGG